ACUGAUCUGCUUCACUCAGACCACUGAGAUGUAUCAUGAAACAGGAAGUUGGAGUUUCUGAAAAGAGCUAACAGGAACUUAAAAAAAAAAAAGAAAAAAAAAAAGACAGAGCCCACACAAAACAGAGUCGUGCCAUUAGUGAGUGAGAACCAGACAUGAGGGACCAUUUAUAUCUUUUCCUUUUUAUGAUUGAAUUUAGUACAGGCUGUAUUCUUUCAAAUGAGCUGCAGAUAAUAGAAAUAACAGGUUACACAGGUGGUUCAGUGGUGCUGCCCUGCUCCUGCGCUCAUCCUCAGUCUACAGCCAAGACAUUCACAUGGCAGUUUUUUGGCAAUGGAGAACGAUGGAUUCCAGUAUUUGAGGAUGAGAAGUACAGCGGCAGACGUGUGCUGUUUAAUCAAAGUUCUCCACAAAAUCUGUCUCUUCUCAUUUCUGGCCUCAGAAUGGAAGAUGAAGGGUACUAUAAGUGUGUGACUGAACAAUAUACAUCCAUUCAAUCCAUUCAUUUAACAGUGAAGGGCUGUAAUUUGGUUCAGAACACAGAGGCAACGAUUGAGGUGACUGGAUAUGCAGGAGGGUCUGUGGUUCUGCCCUGCUCAUGCUCUGAACUACUGACUAAACCUGAACAGAUACGAUGGGUGUAUUUUGUAGAAAACACUUUUAAGGAAAUUUACCCAAAUGAAAAGACUGAGAGGCACAAGAACAGAGUCAAACUGUUGAAUCAAACAUCUCCAGGAAAUCUCUCUCUACACAUAUCAGCACUGACCGCAGAGGACGAAGGAUACUAUUAUUGUUCUGUGUCGUCUCAAAAAGUCUCCUACAGACUUCAAACAGUCUCCUACAGACUCCGUGUUGAAGUUACUCUCGGGACAGAGAAACCACACAUCCAUACAUCCAUCAGUUUAUCAACACAUCAACCUUCACACCAAACACAAGAACUUGAACCACCUCAACAACCACACCACACACCUCAAUAUGAUUUCAUUUUGUUGGGGGUGAUUCUCUCAGUACUAUUACUGGCAUUACUGGCAUUUAUCUACUGGAGAUGCAGAGGAGGCAGAAAUGUGAAAAAGGUGACCAGGGAUGAAGAUGAACUAAAUAGAGAACAAGACGUUAUGGAUGACGUGACGUAUUCUGCUGUAGUCUAUGUUAAAACUGCAGCCACACCAGCUCACACAGAGAGUAACCCAGCUGAUCACACCGAGUACGCCCCAAUCAAAGUUAAACGCUAAACAUCAAGAAAGAAUAUAGUCAAUUUAAUGUGACCUGAUCCAUGACAGAGUGCCGAGUCCUUUUCUUUGAAAAGAGAUGGCAGCAGAAGGAUGGCAGCAUUAACUAUCUGGCCUAAAGACAAAGCCAUAUAUACAUCAUUAUAAUUGCACUGAAAAUUACAACAAAGUAUGUUGAUAUAUACACACCAUUUCUCUGUCUCACAUGAAGCCAAUGUCAGCUUCAACAUUUGUUUUAAUUCUGUACUUGUUUUAUUCUGUACAAAAAAUGUACUCCGCCCUGUAUUUUUUUUUUUUUUGUUCUUUUGAGCCUCUGCCUUAUGAGGUCCAAAUUUGGUCUCAGCUUUCUUGACUCCAAAGUGCGCUCCCUUAAUAAUCCCUAAAAAGAUGACAUCUUAGUUCAUCGCAAUCUCACAAAGCCCUGUUAUUAAAUCCUCUGUUAUAAUCAGAGGAUUUGCCAGCAUGCAGAAUUCAGCACUGAACAAAAACUCAGACGUUAUGAGCGGGGCAGUGGAUGCUAUCUUAAAUGCAUAAGAUUGGACAUUGUGUGCAAGAAAUCAACACAUAUGUCUGUGAUUGGCUAUAUUGGACAACGCUGCAAAAACAUGUUAUAAAUAGAAACUGCGCCUGUAAAUCAUUUUUAUUUGGUUUUAUUUGUUCUUCUUGCUUUUGUCCAAAAGAUGAAUAACGUUUUAUUUGUUUUUAGAUGUUUUAUUUUUGGAUAUUUCUAUUUAUAUAUAACCCAAAAUAACUGAGCUGUAUUAUUUCAAACCGGAUGUGUGUCACGAGGCUCAGUGCAAGUAGGCCUAGUCCAUUAGGAGCAAAAUAUCUGCCUUUAACUCUUGCGCGCUGUUCGUUUGGGGUCUCCAGAGACCUCAGGCAACAAAAUGUAAUUUUGUUACCAAAUAUAUAUAUAUUUUUUUUGUUUUUAAACAAAUGUAGUUUUACUCAGUUUAUUAAUGUUUUUACUCCACAUUUGUGCGGUUUUUUUUUUUUUUUUUUUUUUUGGGAGAAUUUAUAUUUUUUAGAAAUAAAUAAAAAAAGUAAAUAGGUUUUUAUACAAAAACAGCUUUUUAUGUAAAAUUCACUUUAUAAAAGACCCACAUUUCUAACUUUCAUUCAUGGGCAUAGCAUGGAUAAUUUGACAUGGUUUAGUGUAAGAUUUUUGCCCAUCUUUUGGAAAAUGCCGUUUUAAAAGUAAAAAAUGAUCCCUUUAUCCAGUAGAUGGCUGCAGAGCUCCACCAUUUGCUAUCUGACUAACAAAGACAUCUUUUCACAAGGUUUUUUGCAGUUGGAUUAAUAUCUACAUAUAAUGAAAUCACAAUUAUAACAAAAAAAUAGCAUUUUUUGUACUGAAAAAAAAAAAAAAAAAAAAAAUAUAUAUAUAUAUAUAUAUAUAUAUAUAUAUAUAUAUAUAUAUAUAUAUAUGUGUAUAUAUAUUAUUUUUUUUUUUUUUCAAUUAUUGUUUCAUUAUGAUUAGAAUCAAACCUCAGUUACUAAAUAAACAGAACAAAAAUCAACUUAAAUUAGUAAAUAUGGGACCUCACAGAUAAGGUUUUAGAUUAAUCCCAGAUGAAAAUGCAUGAUUGAGCAGCAAUUUGCACUGGCUUAAAAUAUGUCAGUGCUACUGUUUUGUCUCAAGAUGCAAACUUUUGCAUAUUUUUUCCCCUAAGGCACGUUUAUAAAAGCUACUUACUUGAAUGUCCUCAUUUAACUAAGGCCUAAUCUGAAACUACCUUUAUUGGGUACAUUACUCACUGGAUUGAGGUUGUAUUAUUACACCACUCACUGCCACACAAACAGAAAGAAAUUAGCAAACAAUGUUUUAUUUUAGUAUAUAUAAUUAUUUAAUAAAUUCACUUACCGUUAGAUGUUUGUGAAGACUCCCCAAAAAUAAUGGACUCACUGUCGUCGAACUGAGGUUAAGGAGCUGGAAAAAAACAGCUCCAAACUAUAUUUGCGUAGGUAAGACCAUUAAAUGAGAUCAUUUCCCACCAAUUAGAAAAAUAACAAAUAAUACUUGAUAUUUUGUUUUGGCUAUUUAAAAUUGUUUUAUGUAUGCAAAAUUACCGUCGAUGUCUGUCAGACUUUCAAAGAAAACGCAGCCAUCCUGUCAGCGCGCGCAUUACUGAAGAAACACCUCAAAACUACAUUUGGCGAACAACAUCAGCAAAAAAUUCAACAACUUAAGAUAACUCAUCCUGUUAUAUGUUAUGCUAAUUAAAAUUGUUAAAUUAGUUCAAACGUAAUACUUGUGCUCUUGUAAAAUUCUGGACACACACGACACCAUCCGAAGACUUUGUGCAUCGUUUGUCUUGGAGACACAAGACCGUUGCCUCUUGUUCUGCUGCCACCUGGUGGUCGUUUGAGCCCAGUACAUUGUUAAUUUGUGGCGUGUUCGAGCUGGAUUGAAGUGGGGUUUUUUUUUUUUUUUUUGGUUUGUUUUGGUUUGUUUAUUGUAUUUUUCUUAUUUGUAUUAUUUGGUUUCGUUGUAAGUUGAUUUGGUGUUUUGAAUUAUGUUAUUGGGGUUGAUUGGAUAUUAUUUCUUAGUCUUUACAUUGAUAUUGCUCAGUUAAAGAACUGAGAAUUUAUGCUUUAUCUUAUGGUGUAUUAUGUUGUGUUGGUUUAAAGUAGUCAAUGUAUAAUUUUGUUGUUUGUUGGUUUGAUUGGAUUGUUUAAAUGUAUUGGUUCAUGUUUUUGAACUGUAUGAAAUAUUUGGUGCAAAGAUAUAACAUCAAAAAAAGUA